AUGUUUGCGACUAAUCGUAUUGGAGGUCUUAUCUCCGGUGCUUCGCCAGCCUAUAACGUGGAGGAAAUGACCUACGCAUUACAAACCGCCCAGGCCAAGGUUAUUAUGACAGCAGCCUCAUCUCUUUCGGUCGCAGUGCCAGCUGCCAGAAAUGCGGGGAUCUCAAAUUCUCAAAUCAUACUUCUCGAGGGUCAGGCUGAUGGUUUCUGGACCAUCAAGGAUCUUUUUGCAUUUGGCCAGGAAUAUCGCGAUGAUCAAGUAAUUCCUUAUCAAAUCCCGACAGGAAUGACUAACCAGAAUGUCUGUGGAUUCCUGAGCUUCAGCAGUGGAACUACUGGUCUUCCAAAAGCAUGUUUGCAAAUUUCCCAGAUAACUGCAGAUAAUCAUACCAAGGUUCUAGCAGUUCUGCCGCUUUUCCAUAUCACGGGUCUUGUACAUCAGAUGCAUCUCCCUCUAUUCAGAAAUUCAGAAGUUUACAUGCUUCCCAAAUUCACCAUGCAAAAUAUGUUAGAAACCGUGGUUGAAUAUCAAAUCUCCGAGAUGCUUCUUGUUCCGCCUAUCUUGAUUCGCCUUCUACGUGACCCAAUCGUACAGAAAUACGACCUUUCUCAUGUUCGCAAAUUUUCUUCUGGGGCAGCUCCAUUAUCGGCAGAAGUUAUACAGGCGCUGAAGAGCCGUUUCCCCAAUGCCGGUUUCAAACAGGGCUAUGGCAUGACAGAAUCGUGCAGCUGCAUUGCAGCACAUCCGUUGGAGAAAUCUACAUACGAGUACGCACACCGAGUUGGAACCAUCGUUGCGAGUACCGAAGUAAAGAUAGUGGAUCCCGAGACGGGCAAGGAGCUUGGCUAUGAUGUACCUGGAGAGAUCUUUUCACGAGGUCCACAGAUUGUAAUGGGUUAUCUUAACAAUGAAAAGGCCACUCGAGAAACCUUCGACGCCGAUCAAUGGCUUCACACUGGCGAUAUUGGAUUCAUUGAUUCAGAAGGUUUCAUUACGAUAACCGAUCGGAUCAAAGAAAUGAUCAAAGUCAAGGGCAUCGCAGUGGCCCCUGCGGAGUUGGAAGACCUCUUGCUUGGACACCCAAUUGUUGAGGAUGUGGCCGUGGGUGCCAUUCCGGAUGAAUAUACAGGCCAGCGACCAAAGGCGUAUGUUGUUCUUAAACAGGAUAUUCACCAGAAUAAGACUCCUGAUCAGAUUCGGUCAUUGCUGAAAGUUAUUAUUGACUACGUUCGAGAGAACAAAGUCCGCCACAAAUGGAUCACCGAAGCUGAGAUGCUGGACGAAAUCCCCAAAAGUGCCAGUGGAAAGAUACUUCGCAGGAUGCUACGAAGGAUGGAGAAUGAAGGAAAUACGAACGGGCGUCUCAUAGCUACUAGUGGGGAUAUUAGAGCCAAAAUUUGA